UUUUAAUAUAUACACAGGCAAUAUAGUUGCUGAGAUCUGUCUAUCGAAUAUAGAUAUUCAUCAAACUUUUUUUGAAAAGAAAAAAAAAGUUUGAUGAAUAUUGAUCAAACUAAGGAUGGGAAAGAAAAAGUGUUUGGUAGUUGUAGUGGGCAUUGUCGUUGUGAUAGCCGCAAUCGUCUUAUGGUCCAUCUACGGGUCUCGGUCGUCGGGCAAGAACUCAUCAGAUCAGAAGCCACCGGAAUAUUCCUUCACGGAUGCCGUCGCGACAAACGUUAGCAUUACCGGCGAAGCAACACGCAAGAUCUUCACCGCCGACUUCACCUUCACCCUGAAUGCCUCCAACCCCAACAAAAACCACACCCUUUGCUACGGCGGCGGGGAGGUGUCAUUCUUUGUGAGAAAACGCUCAACCCGGAACCCGCUGGCCUCCGCCGUGACAAUGCCAGCCUCGCCGCUUCUCCCCCACGCUUCCGCCCUCUUCACCUACAAUCUUCAUGCCCAAGGCGUGCCUCUUGACCAGGACUUCUCCUUCUGGUUUUCCCGAAUAAAUGAAGCCGUCGUCAAGACGAGGUUAGGGGUGAACGUUACGGCUUGGUUUGGUAAUGAGAACUCGACGUCGCUUUCAUAUAGCCGGCGGCUUAUAGUGGUGUGCGGUGGUCUGGCCUUCAAUUCUACCAAUCAGUUACAGACGGAUUACCUUUUGUGUGACCCCGAUCCAUCUUCGAGAAACCUUGACGGUUGACCAACCAAAUAAUUAUUACUCCCUUCGUCCCCUUAAGUUUGGGACGGAGGGGUGUGGUGUGGUUUUUAAGAAAAAGUGGAAUUGUGUAGUUGGUAUUGAAUUGAUAAAGUGUAAAUAAAGUAAGAAUGAAUUCUAACCACUCAAAUGUUACCAAAUAUGGUAUGGGACAAACUUAGUGGGACGGAUGAAAAAGGUAAAACGGGGCAAACUUAAAGGGACGGAGGGAGUACUCCUUACUACGUAUGUUGGUGCUUUUCUAUUGGUCGAGUAAUAAUACAAUCAGUGUGGUUCAAUUGGCUGAGGGAAAAUCCUAGCCGCCGCCUCUCCUUCUUCUCUCUUUGUUCAAUUUUCGUUUUCUCCUAAUAAUGAAAAAAGUUUCGUUAGACCAAUAUUUUCAGUUCUAUGUAUACAUCUGUUUCCUAGCGUUGUCUAGAGAUACUACUUUCGGUGGCGAAGUGUCGCUCGCCAGAUUUAUAUUCUCUGUCAUCAUCGGUCGGGGUGUUUUUGGGUGUUAGUAAGAGAUGUGUACUGGCUUCUCUAUCGAUCAUGAUCUUCUGUAUCAAUAUAGAGGCCAAUCGCCCCCCUCCUGAACCACCGCCGAUCAAGGAAGAUGAGAGUGAAUGGAUUGCUUUCUUUCCGGUGGUUGGUUACACCGAAAUAAUUUCUGCACUUGGCUCCUUACCGGUGGCUGGAAAAACCGGCAAGUUUAACAAAUCCUUUUCGGUGGCUUGUCAAACCGGACCUAUUUCGAGUAGCACAAGCAGUCAAAUUGCGGGACGAGUCUACACAGUUGCAGAGUUAGCGAACAUUAUAGCUUUUAUAUGGCUUUUUUGUUCUUUGUCUCACCCUAAUGUAGCAUUAAACGCUGUGAUUGUAAUGCUUCGACUUUUGAUUGUUAUGUUUCUGGUUACCCUUAUCAAUAAUAAUUAAGUUAUUUGAUUUUCAAAAAAAAGUACAAUCAUUGUAAUUCAAUCGCAU